AUGGCCAGCUCAGCCCUGGGAACCAUCCUGGCCGUGCUGGCCUCGCUCAUCAUCGCUGCCAACACGCUGAUGGCCGUCGCUCUGCUUCGCCUCAUCCAGAAGAGUGGCUCCAAGGGGCUGUAUUUCGUCCUUAACCUCGCCGUUGCGGACGCCAUGGUCGGCUUCACCGCCACGGGGGUCGCCAUCGAUGAGUUUUCCCAGUCUUCUUACCCUACCCAGAUCUUCUGCGUCCUAAGGAUGGCUUUUGUCAUCUCCUCAUCAGCUGCCUCCAUCCUCUCCCUGCUUCUGAUCGCAUGCGACAGGCACCUGGCCAUCAGGAAGCCGUUCCACUACUUGCAGCUGGUGACGGGCCUGCGGGUGGGCCUGCGCCUGCUGGGGGUCUGGCUGGUGGCCGCCAUCAUCGGCUUCCUCCCCGUCCUCGCCCCGGCCUUCCAGAAGAUAUCCAGCUACAAGAAGUGCUCCUUCUUCGGGGUCUUCCACCCCACCUACAUGCUCACCGUCUUCUGUGUCGGCUUCUUCCCAGCACUCUUCCUCUUCAUUUACCUCUACUGCGACAUGCUGAAGGUCGCCUCGGUGCACGCGCAGCACAUCCAGGAGGUGCAGCAGGCGGGGCUGGCGGGGGGCUGCCCCCCGGCCCGCACCACCAGCGAUAUGAAGGCCAUGCGCACCGUCGCCACGCUCAUCGGCAGCUUCACCCUCACCUGGCUGCCCUUCUUCCUGGCCAGCAUCGUGCUGACCGUCUGCUCCGAGUGCUUCCCCUACAAAGUCAUCGAGAGCUACCUCUGGCUGCUGGGACUCAGCAACUCCCUCCUGAACCCCCUGCUGUACUCCUACCGGCAGAAGGACGUGCGGCUGCAGCUCUCCCAGCUGGCAGCAGGGCUGAAGAGGAGAGUCCUCGUCCGCCUGAGGAACGGCCGCCGGCUCCCUGGCAGAGACACCAAGGCUCUCCCUGGCAGAGACACCAAGGCUCUCCCCACCGUGUCCUGCCCGCGGCUCCAGGACUGACACGGUAAGGAGCGGCUGGCGCCGGCUUCCCACAUCAUCUCCUGCGUUGUGACCGGGAACUUGGGGCCUGCCGGCUGCGGAGGAGAUCCCAGGCAAGGAGGGACUGAUCUGCAUGGCCAAACUCCAGCCUGCCCACAGCCCCACAGCCCCUCAGCCUCACAACCCCUCAGCCUCACAGCCUCAUUGCCCCACAACCCCUCAGCCUCACAGCCCCACAACCCUACAGCCUCACAACCCCUCAGCCUCAGAGCCUCACGGCCCCACAACCCCACAGCCCUACAACCCCACAGCCCAUCAGCCCCACAGCCUCACAGCCCCACAACCCCUCAGCCUCAGAGCCUCACGGCCCCACAACCCCUCAGCCCCACAGCCCCACAACCCCUCAGCCUCACAGCCCUACAACCCCACAGCCUUACAGCCCAUCAGCCCCACAGCCCUACAACCCCACAGCCUCACAGCCCUACAACCCCACAGCCCCUCAGCCCCACAGCCCCACAGCCUCACAACCCCUCAGCCUCACAGCCUCAUUGCCCCACAACCGCUCAGCCUCACAGCCCCACAACCCUACAACCCCACAGCCCCUCAGCCUCACAGCCCCACAGCCUCACAGCCCUACAACCCCACAGCCCCUCAGCCUCACAGCCCCACAACCCAGCCCGUUUCCACCAGCCCAAGCACCUCAGACCCAGCUGGGCGGCACCCAUUAGGUUUUCCUUGAAGAGCCUCAACAAGAGCAGCCUUGUGUUUCCUGGGCCCAAGCCCUCAGCACUCGCUCUGCAGACUGAGAUCCUUCCCCUGCCCAUGCCUGGGGUGCACCAGCCCUUCCCCCUGCCCGGGCUGGCUCCCUGUGCCAGGGGGCCCGGUUGCCUGGGGCAGGACUGCUCACACAGUGCCAGCUCUGUCACCUUUGGCUCCUGGCCCAGGCGAGGCAGGAGCUGUGUGCCAUCUCUUCAAUCCACCCUGGACCACAAGAGCUGCUGUUUGUUGCCCUUCCUAAACCCAGCUGAUGAUCCUAC